GCAGUUCCAACAAUACAUUUGAGUUGAUUCUUUCUGACAACACCAGUCGCCCUUGUGAUUCAGAAAUUAUGAUAUGUGGAAUUAAGACUUGUACUGGUGAAAACAAAGGCUUGUCAGAAGAGAUUCACCAUAGUUCACAGCCAUCAAUUACUGGCACUAGUAUGAAGGAUGUAUCUGAUGAAGAUGAAAACUGCAAUUGUAACACAAAUAACACCCACUUUUUUGUUGAACAAGAGAUGAUGAAAGAGGCAAAGCACCACUUCAUGAAAUGCAGGGUGCGACAAGAUUCCAAAAAUGGCUGUAAAGGUGUAUCAUGUGAUUGGAAACUUAUCAACAUUACAGAAACUUCAGAGGAAAAUGAGGGCGGUCUGGAUGUAACUGACUGUAUGUGCAGGAAUACCUGUUUGGCUCUCUGUCAGCUAAAGCCUUUUGUACGAUGGGAAGAUUCAAAUAUUGAUGUGUUGACAGCAAUAGGAAUAAUGGCAUUUGUAUCUGUCACAUCGCUAGUUGUCUGCUAUAUCUUUGAUCGCUGUAUAAGAAGAGAGAAAACACAUCCUUAUGUAGAAGCCAGAGAGAUGCAAACAGUAUCCCCUCAGAUGACUGGACAACAACCUUCAACGUCUGCAGAACGUAAAGAUAACAAUCAAGGCAACAUAACAUCAGUCAGUGAAAAUAGACCAGCUGAUGAAGGAGCUGAAACUGUAGAGUGUAAUGUAAUUCUUCAUAAUGCUCCCAAAGAAAGUGAUACAGAUGUUUCCCUUUUAGAAGAAAUAUAAUAAUGUUCUCAGUAAUCAUAUUGUGUAAACAAAUCAGAAAAAAUUCAGAAUUGAGGAUUUUGAGGAGUAACCAUAUGUACACCACUUGUAGAAGUAUAAAUUUGGAAAUUACAAAGAUAAUAUUUUAAAAAAUAGUUUGCAUAAGCUCUUUCAAUAAAUCUAGCAUUACUUAGGUGCCUUCAAAUCUUUGUUGAUCUCAACAGGUAUUUUUCAGUGUGAAGAAAAUUAGUCUUCUAUAAGUCAUAAGGUACCAUCUAAACAAGGAAUCCAAACUGAAAGCUGAAA